GCUUUCUAAUCAGCCGGGGGAGAUGCUGAGGGGGCGUGUUGGCCACCGUACGUGAUGAUAUCAUUAGGACUUGCCCAUUGCUUCUCUUUCUGCCCCUCCAGCACCGAACCGAACCGGGAUUGAGUGUCUUAUGUCAUCAGCUACGUCAUGGGGCGAAAAUCUGUUAGAGCGAAAGAGAAGAAGCAAAAGCGCCAAGAGGAGCGUGCUGCCAUGGCUGCAGUACAUGCUAAGGUGCAAGCAGCCAACCAGCUUGGUGACCCACUUGGUGCAUUCCCAGUCUUCAAGAAAUUUGACAGAAACGGGUUGAAUCUGACAAUAGAGUGCAGCAGAGUGAGGGAUUUGGACCAGAAGACUCUAGACUGGGCAUUUGAACUCACAAAGACAAAUAUGCAGCUGCUCUAUGAGCAAAGUGAAUGGGGAUGGAAAGAGAGAGAAAAGCGCGAGGAACUAACAGAUGAGCGUGCCUGGUAUCUUCUUGCCAGAGAUGAGCUUGGAGCCCCUGUCGCUUUUGUGCACUUCAGAUUUGAUGUGGAGUGUGGAGAUGAGGUUCUUUAUUGUUAUGAAGUACAGUUAGAAGUUCGUGUCCGCAGGAAAGGAGUAGGGAAAUUUCUGGUCCAAAUCUUACAGUUGAUGGCGAAUAGUACACAGAUGAAGAAAGUUGUCCUUACAGUAUUUAAACACAAUCAUGGGGCUUACCAGUUCUUCAGAGAUGCGUUACAGUUUGAGAUAGAUGAGACCUCUCCCAGUGUAUCGGGGUGCUGCAGUGACGAUUGCACUUAUGAGAUUCUGAGCCGCAGGACAAAGUAUGGAGACACCUCUCAUUCACAUUCAGGACAGUGUGCUGGCUGCUGCCAUUGAACAAACCUUUGGAUGGACAUGUGGAUUCUUGUGGUUUUGAAUGGACAAAAAAUUGUCUUUUUGUUUUCCCCUCCUUUUUUAAAUUUAGUGGUGUUUUAAAUACCGCACUUUUGUGCACGUCCAUUUGACUUGCACCGUUGCAAGUUCUUUUAAUAUUAAAUAAAUUCUCUUUGAACCCAA